GAGUCCAAAAAGAGAGACCAAGAAGAAGAGACUGCUGUCCUUUCCUGUCGUCGUUGGUCCUCGUUCAACGGAGGACCGAUCGGGGCCCUGGUGGUGUCCUGGGACCGCAGAUGGAAGCUGGUCCGCCGGAGCCCGACAGGGUGGUCAACCCCGAAGAACGACGCCUGUCGGAAGAAGCACUUUUACUCGAGAGACAACUCGCUGCUUGUAUUCAAUAUCCACCGAUCCGGCGCUGCAAGUCAGGCUUCUCCCUCCUGUAUCUGCCGCGUAAACCCGAUCAAGCUGGAAUUGAUGGAGUUGGAGAAUAUCGUGGCGAACACUGUGUACCUCAAAGCGAGAGAAGGCGGUGGCGACAGCAACAAGGGCAAGAGCAAAAAAUGGCGGAAGAUACUUCAGUUCCCCCACAUCUCCCAGUGCAUCGGCCUAAAAGAUAAGCUAGACAUCAGGUACAGCUAUGUGGUGGACCAGCAACCGAUCGGCCGGCUGUUGUUCAGACAGUUCUGCCAGGACAAGAAACCUUCGUACCAUCGGUACAAUCUCUUUCUGGACGCGAUCGAGAAGUACGAGAUCGAGAUGGACGAGAAUCGUACCGAGCUGGCGAAGGACCUGUUUGAGCAGUACCUGAAGAGAGAGGGCUCGGAGGUCGUCGACAUCCUGAACGACUCGUUGAUAGCCCAGUGCGAGGAACGGCUCGGCUCCGGUGGGAAGGAGCUCUUUGUCGAGAUCGCCCAGACCGUGAAGAACUUCCUGGCCGAGGAGCCUUUUUCAGUUUUUCAAACUAGCUUCUAUUUCUAUAGGUACCUCCAGUGGAAAUGGCUAGAAGCGCAGCCGGUGACGUACAAGACCUUCCGUAUGUACAGGGUGCUCGGUAAAGGUGGUUUCGGCGAGGUCUGCGCGUGUCAGGUGCGCGCCACCGGGAAGAUGUACGCGUGCAAGAAGCUCGAAAAGAAACGUAUCAAGAAGCGAAAAGGAGAGGCGAUGGUGCUGAUCGAGAAGAACAUACUGCAGAAGAUCAACUCGAAGUUCGUGGUCUCGUUGGCGUACGCGUACGAGACCAAAGACGCCCUCUGUCUGGUGUUGACGAUCAUGAACGGGGGCGAUCUAAAGUUUCACAUUUACAACAUGGGCGGCGAUCCUGGUUUUGACAUUAAUCGCGCCAGGUUUUACGCGGCCGAAGUUGUCUGCGGUCUGGAGCAUCUUCAUCACCAGGGGAUCGUCUACAGGGACUGUAAACCGGAGAACAUAUUGCUGGACGAUCACGGGCACGUGAGGAUCUCCGAUCUCGGGCUCGCCGUAGAGAUCACCGAGGGCGACAUGGUGAGGGGCCGAGUGGGCACUGUAGGCUACAUGGCGCCUGAGGUGAUCGACAAUGAGAAGUACACGUUUUCGCCAGAUUGGUUCAGCUUCGGCUGUCUUUUGUACGAGAUGAUCGAAGGACAGGCGCCGUUUCGCGCGAGGAAGGAGAAAGUGAAGAGGGAGGAGGUCGAUCGUAGAGUGAAGGAGGAUCAGGAGAGGUAUUCCCAGAAGUUCACAGAGGAGGCGAAAAGCCUGUGCCAGCAGCUGUUGAAGAAAAGCCCGAAGAAUCGGUUGGGUUGCAAGUGCGGCAGACACGGGGCGAGGGAGGUGAAGCUGCAUACCUUUUUCCAGUGCUUGAACUGGAAGAGGGUCGAGGCCGGUAUGUGGGAACCGCCGUUUGUCCCGGAUCCACACGCGGUGUACGCUAAGGAUGUGCUGGACAUCGAGCAGUUCUCGACAGUGAAGGGCGUAAACCUGGACGCCACCGAUGACACUUUCUACAGUAAAUUCAACACCGGCAGCGUGUCCAUACCCUGGCAGAACGAGAUGAUAGAGACUGAGUGUUUUAAGGAACUGAACGUACUAGGUCCUAACAACACACCGACACCUGAUCUGCAGAUUAAUCAUCCACCGCCCAACAACGAUAACAGAGGCUGCUUUCCGUUCAGAAGACAGAAAAAACAGAGCGCCCGUACAAGACAAAUCCCGCUGUCGGAAUGCCAUCUACUGGAGCUGUCCCAGAGCCAGAACUCCGAACUGCCAGCCAGCUGAUCCAAAAUGAACGCAAACAGUCUGAAUCAAUCGACGCCGUCGUCCAUGCGACGUCGUCGCUACGGGCGACGCGGCCGACGGUCGCUGAAAUGCUGCCCGAAACUGCUAUGAAUCAAAAGAAAACACGACGAGCCCCACACGACACCGAUUCCCGGUGUCGGUGACACGUGUUCGCGGAGAAAACACGUCCAUAGAGGAAGAAAGACGGUGACGAGACAGGUUCUGAAGUGCCACCACCACCAUCGUCGUCGUCGUUGA